AUGAGUUCUUUAUUUGAUGUUUUUGAUGAAGACCCUGUUGAUAUUGUGGAAUUAAAGAAUGAAGAUACAGAACUUCCACUUUUAGAUGAAGAUUCUAAGAAACAUGCUAGAAGUGAUUCUGGUAAUGAAAUGGAUAUUGAUAAAGAAAAUAUUGAUGAAGAGAAAUCUAAAAAAAAAUUAAAACAUGGUGAGAAAUUAUUAGAUGAAAAGAAAAAGUCAGAAGUUGUUCCUAUUGUUGCUGAUUCUUUUGAACAAGAACAAUCGAGAGAAGUUGAUGCAUCUGCAGGUUUAACGAAUAAUUCCACCACUCAAGUAGAAGAAGAUGGUAAAGUUAAAUUAAAGCAUCAAGUUCGUCAUCAAGUCGCUUUACCGCCAAAUUAUGAUUAUUCACCAAUUGCUGAACAUGAAAGAAAAAAUGAAGCUCGUACUUAUCCAUUUACAUUAGAUCCUUUCCAAGAUACGGCUAUUUCUUGUAUUGAUAGAGGUGAAUCAGUUUUAGUUUCUGCUCAUACAUCUGCCGGUAAAACAGUUGUUGCCGAAUAUGCUAUUGCUCAAUCUUUACGUGAAAAGCAAAGAGUUAUUUAUACAUCUCCAAUUAAAGCUUUAUCUAAUCAAAAAUAUAGAGAAUUAUUAGCCGAGUUUGGGGAUGUUGGUUUAAUGACUGGUGAUAUUACUAUUAAUCCUGAUGCUGGUUGUUUAGUUAUGACUACUGAAAUUUUAAGAAGUAUGUUAUAUAGAGGUAGUGAAGUCAUGAGAGAAGUUGCAUGGGUUAUCUUUGAUGAGGUUCAUUAUAUGAGAGAUAAAGAGCGUGGUGUUGUUUGGGAAGAAACUAUUAUCUUAUUACCAGACAAGGUUCGUUAUGUAUUUUUAUCAGCUACUAUCCCUAAUGCUAUGGAAUUUGCUGAAUGGAUAUGUAAAAUUCAUUUCCAACCAUGUCAUAUUGUUUAUACUGAUUUCCGUCCUACACCUUUACAACAUUAUUUGUUCCCAGCUCAUGGUGAUGGUAUUUAUUUAGUCGUUGAUGAAAAAAGUACAUUUAGAGAAGAAAAUUUCCAAAAAGCAAUGGCAUCUAUUAGUAAUCAAUCAGGUGAUGACCCUAAUUCAGUAAAUUCUAGAGGUAAGAAAGGUCAAACAUUUAAAGGAGGUUCAUCAAAGGGUGAUGCUAGAGGGGAUAUUUAUAAGAUUGUUAAAAUGAUUUGGAAAAAAAAAUAUAAUCCAGUUAUUGUCUUUUCAUUUAGUAAACGUGAUUGUGAAGAAUUAGCAUUAAAAAUGUCUAAAUUAGAUUUUAAUUCAGAAGAAGAAAAAGAUACAUUAAGUAAAAUCUUCAACAAUGCUAUUGCUUUAUUACCUGAAACUGAUAGAGAAUUACCUCAAAUUAAACAUAUCUUACCGUUAUUAAGAAGAGGUAUUGGUAUCCAUCAUAGUGGGUUAUUACCAAUUUUAAAAGAAGUUAUUGAAAUUCUUUUCCAAGAAGGGUUCUUAAAAGUUUUAUUUGCCACAGAAACUUUUUCUAUUGGGUUAAAUAUGCCUGCCAAGACAGUUGUUUUCACAUCAGUAAGAAAAUGGGAUGGUCAACAAUUCCGUUGGGUUUCUGGUGGUGAAUAUAUUCAAAUGUCAGGACGUGCUGGUCGUCGUGGGUUAGAUGAUCGUGGUAUUGUUAUUAUGAUGAUUGAUGAAAAAAUGGAACCACAAGUGGCUAAGGGGAUGGUUAAAGGUCAAGCUGAUAGAUUAGAUUCUGCAUUCCAUUUAGGAUAUAAUAUGAUUUUAAAUUUAAUGAGAGUAGAAGGUAUAUCACCUGAAUUUAUGUUGGAACAUUCAUUUUUCCAAUUCCAAAAUGUUAUAUCAGUACCUAAGAUGGAAAAAAAAUUGAUUGAAUUAAAUAAAGAUUAUGAGGGAAUCAAAAUUGAAGAUGAAGAAAUUAUUAAAGAUUAUUAUGAAUUGAAACAAACUUUAGACAAGUAUUAUCAAGAUGUUCGUCAUGUAAUAACACAUCCUGCAAAUGUAUUAAGUUUUUUACAACCAGGUAGAAUGAUUCAAGUGAAAAUUAAUAAUCAAAUUGAUUAUGGUUGGGGUGUUGUUAUUGACUUUAAUAAAAGAUUAAAUAAACGUAAUCCAACAGCAGGAUAUAGUGAUCAUGAAUCUUAUAUUGUGAAUGUUGUUGUUAAUACAAUGUAUGGUGAUUCACCAAUUAAUUUGAUUAAACCUCAUAACCCAGAUUUACCUAUUGGUAUUCGACCUGCAUUACCUAAUGAGAAAAAAAUUUGUGCUAUUAUACCAAUAACUUUAGAAUCUAUUUCUCAAGUUGGUAGUUUAAGGUUAUAUAUGCCUAAAGAUAUUAGAGCUUCAGGUCAAAAAGAAGUUGUUGGUAAAUCGUUAGUUGAAGUGAAACGUAGAUUCCCAGAUGGUAUACCCAAGAUUGAUCCUAUUAAAAAUAUGAAGAUUGAAGAUGAUGAAUUUGUUAAAUUGAAUCGUAAGAUUAAUGUGUUGGAAGAAAAAUUGAAAUCAAAUGCAUUAACUGGAUCUGUCAAACUUGAUAGUUUAUAUGAACAAUAUAAAAAGAAGAAUGGUAUAAGAGAAAAUAUACAAGUAUUGAAACAUAAAAUUAUGGAAUGUCAAAGUGUAAUUCAAUUGGAAGAUUUACGUCGUAGGAAAAGAGUGUUACGUAGAUUAGGAUUUUGUACGAUGAACGAUAUUAUUGAAUUGAAAGGUCGUGUAGCUUGUGAAAUCUCUAGUGGUGAUGAAUUGUUAUUAACUGAAUUAAUCUUUAAUGGUAAUUUCAAUGAAUUAAGUGCAGAACAAUGUGCAGCAUUGUUAUCAUGUUUUGCAUUCCAAGAACGUUGUAAAGAGACACCCCGUUUAAAACCUGAAUUGGGUGAACCAUUAAAGAAUUUAAAGGAAUUAGCAUCAAACAUUGCCAAGAUUAUGAAAGAAUCCAAGAUUGAAAUAGUCGAAAAGGAUUAUGUGGAUAGUUUUAGACAUGAAUUGAUGGAAGUUGUAUUUGAAUGGUGUAAAGGUGCGACAUUUACACAAAUUUGUAAAAUGACAGAUGUUUACGAAGGUUCUUUAAUACGUAUGUUUAAAAGAUUGGAAGAAUUGGUUAAAGAAUUGGUAGAAGUGGCUAAUACUAUUGGUAAUGUAGCAUUGAAGGAAAAAAUGGAAUUAAUCUUGGAAUUGAUCCAUAGAGAUAUUGUAUCAGCUGGUUCUUUGUAUUUAUAA